GUCAAUAUUUAAAGGCCAAUGAAGGGUAUUCUGCAAAAAAGUCCAGAAUAUUUACUAAAGAGCAGUUUGAAGGUUUUCUAAUGGACGCACCAGAUGAUGUAUAUUUAGGAAUAAAGAUUGUUUUAUUAAUCGGAGUAACCGGGGCAUGCAGAUGCGACGAAAUGAUGAAAAUGAAUAUAGGCGACAUUGAAGAUAUGGAAAAUUUAAUCCUAAUAAAAAUUCCCGGUAGCAAAACGAAAAAAGUGCGCUCGUUUACCAUCAUCGGAGAAAUGUUCAUGAAUAUUUACCACAAGUACGCUUCAUUAAGACCGAGAGAUAUGCAAGAGAGAAGGUUUUUUUUGAAAUAUCAGAAUGGGAAGUGCUAUAAAAAUGUUAUGGGGAUUCAUACGAUCAGUGCUGUACCCAGAAAAGUCGCCGAAUUUCUAAAAUUAGGCAAUGUCCAAGAAUAUACGGGUCACUGUUUAAGGCGUACUUCGGCUACAUUACUCAUCGAUGGUGGAGGAAGUAUGGAGUCGUUGAAGCGCCACGGGGGUUGGAGGUCGACUUCCGUAGCAGAAGGGUACAUAGAAGAGUCGAUUCGCAACAAAAAAGAAAAUGCUAGCCGAAUAUUAAAUUUAAACGAAACUGCGGUAACUGAAACAGGCGCAUCAGGAAAUCUAAUAACAUCGUCUUCGCCGAGGUCAUCGCCUAAAUCGAGAGUAAAUACUUUAACAGGGUCUAGUUCAUCGUUGCACGGCUUCAAUUUUCAGAAUGCAACACUUACCAAUUGUACAUUUAAUAUUACAUUAAUGAAUAAGUCUGAAAAUAUAUCAUAAUUUUUUGAAUAAAUAAAUGAAAUUGUUGUGUUUCCAUAACAACACUUUUCCCUCCGGCGACAGGAAAAGGAAAAGUAAA